UAGAAAAGCUGGUUGAACAAGUACUGGAUAAAUGGAAGAGGCAAUUUUGUACUCACAAACAGCACUUUUAAGUACUGGUUUAGAUUGAUUCCUGAUUUGUCUUCCAGGAGGUAAGACAAAGCUUUAUAGCUGUUCUCUUAGAGGAGAAUGACAACACAUUCGCACAUCAGGUGUAGAGAACUUUAAGUCGCUAAUCCCACCCUUCCAUCUGUGACAGAAAAAGAGAAAAUGAAUGCGCGCUGCUGAUACGACCUUGCUUCAGCUUGCAGUUGCCCAUUAUUUUACGAAUUGGUCUCCUGAUGUGAAUUCUGGAGUGCACAGCUGUGCUGAAGCCUUUCGUGACUCCCGUUCUCAUCUUGCAGACGGAUCUGUUUAGGUCCUGAAGGCUACAGCUCUUACUUAACAAUUACUUGUGGCUGCUUCUUUAUGAGGAGCUGUGGCUUUGGAUGCGGGUCUGAGCUUCCUUGUAACGGGCUCCCCCUGGCUGCUGCGACCAUACAAUACAGUCCAGUGGUUUUCUCCAGUUGGACUCGUCGCCAUCUCCUCCAGUCAGCGUCUCGGUGAUCACUCACAGCGAAGUGGAGCCCCGUCACUAGGAGAUCGCAUUCGCUGUGUAGCAGUAGCCCGGGUCUUAGCAAAUACAGCAAGCGGCAUUCAGUGCAAGUGACAGGACACUUAAUCCUGCUAAAGUCGGGGGAUCCCCAGAUCAGCUUAGAGUGAGCGAAAAACAGAAAUCAAUAAAUACAUGAUGAGAUUUGCUUCAGGACCUCCAUAACCUACUGUGCCCCUUGAAGAGGUCAAAGGUUGGCAUAUCACUGGUCUGUCUGUAUAUUCUUAAUGAGAUCUGAAUGACAGAGGUGAUGAACACCUGUGAGCCCACUAUGGAAGAUUUCACUUUAACUCAAGAGCAAGAGGAUGAUGGACCUCCUUGCAAGAUGUUCCCAGACUCAGUGCACAAAUUUGAGAGGGGUCCUAAGUUGUCCAAACGGCUUCCUUCAAUAGUUGUCGAACCAUCAGAAACCGGUGAUGUGGAGAGUGGGGAGUUGCGCUGGCCUCCUGAGGAACCGGAUCAACAUGCUACAGGUGAAUCAUCGUCCACUCUGCAGCAAGAUGCUGACUCAAAAGAUGCCAUUGCUUCACUACCACAUCCAGGUGCAGAAGAAAGUUCGGAUACUAUAGAAAGCGAGACUGCUGGAAUUGAUAAUAACUGACCUGUUCUGUCCAGUCAACACUUCUCUCAAAUUACACUGUGAGGGUCUGGAUGUGGAUUAGAGCAUUCUGCAAAGGAUUGCAGAGAACUGCAUUAUAUUACAAGGGAAGACAAUAUUUUAUCUGUCAGUAGAUCAAUGUAAAAUGAGUUUUAUAUAAAAAUACAAAAGGUUUUGUUAAACGUGAUGAGCUUUCAGUUUAGCUUUAUGACAGACCUGAGAUGUUGUCUUACAAGUAAAGGUAAUGGAGGACAAAAUUAGAGUAACACAAGUCCACACAAUGCAGUUUAUUUUUGGUGAAGGGUAGAGUGACUUGGUAGGUACAGAUGCCAAAGCUGGAUAAUAUUUCUCACUAACUACUGGGGCAAUCUUAUUUUAUUGAAUUCUAGAUUUUGGCUUAAUAUUUUAGGGUGCAUUGAGGAGUCAGGUAACUAGCUGACAUUGCUAAGAAAAUUUUCAAUUGAAAAUGUAUAUUUUUCCUAGUAGUUGAAAGUCAUCACUGUGAUUUUUGUAAUUGUUGUUGAGAUUAGGAAUUAAACUAAGAAUUGUUUGUUUUUGUUGUAUUUUAAGUACUAAAAUAUAAAACAACAAUAAAAUAAGAACAAAAAUGAUAAAAUGUUCUUUAUGACAUUCCAAAAAUAUCAUAGCUGUAAUGUUAAAAUUGAUAGUAUAUAAUUAGAUAUAUAUAAUUUCAAUUACAUAUCUAGAUGAAUCAAGAGAAAACAUAAAUUUCUACAUACCAGCUUUAUGUGUUCAACUUGCUUUAAUGUGAUAGAUGUGCAUAUUUUUACAAUAUGAAAUCUAGCUGAGGGAAAUAAUUACUUGCAAAUUGAAUUCAUUUUAAAUGCUUGUAUUUCUUUCUUUAGUUUUACUUUAUAAUAUGCCAUUGUAUUUAAAGCUAAAUUAUUGAUGUGUACACUAGUCUGUAUGCUAGCUGUGCUGUGUAGCAGUAGGAAUCUUGUGUUAGAUGCCCCUAAAAAUAUCACAAAAUUCACAUUUAAACAAAUACUACUGUUCCUCAUGUAAUCAUUUCAUUUAUACUUCUGAAAUAAAAUUACUUUUCACACGCA